UCGCUCUCUCCUCUGCAUCUCAACAACUUGGCCAUACCAUCCAUCUAUUUCAUCUUUCCUCUUUCCACGCAUAGAUACCCAGUUCAUAAAAAUAUCAUCAUAUAUUGCAUCAUCUACUAUAAACAUCAAAUUAAAAAAUGUCUCACUGUCAUAACGAACACUCGGGUUAUGGCGGCCACAACCACGACCACCACCAUGAUCAUGUUCACGAUCAUUCAGAUGACAUCACACCGGCUCUACAGCACAGUUUAUACAACUUUAUUAAUUUCGAUGGUAUUACUACAUUUAACGAAGCCCGGUCUGGUUCUGGGAAAGCCGUCAUUGAGAAGGACUGGUCCGAAUGUAUGAACCCGUUACCUGAGCUCGUCAGUGAUGCCGAUGAACAGAUUCUCAUGAACGUGCCGUUCACCGGCCAAGUAAAACUCCACGCCAUUCUGCUACGCACCUCCCCCUCCCCCUCAGCGCCACAGACGCUAAAAGUAUUCAUCAACCGCGACGACCUCGAUUUUAACACAGCAGAGGAUCUCCCCCCAACCCAGACCUUUGAACUGUCCCAGACAGACGAAAUCCAAGAGCUCCCCGUUAAGCGCGCGUUAUUCGGGAGUGUUCAACGCUUGACGCUGUUCUUUGAGGAUAACUUCAGUGAUGACGCGGAUGAUGUCACGAGAUUGAGUUAUAUCGGAUUCCGUGGUGAGUGGAUGCAGCUUGGUCGCGCGCCGGUGAAUAUUUUAUACGAGGCGGCGCCGAACCCGAAUGAUCAUAAGGUUCGGGGUGUCGGUGUGCGAAAGGUUGGACGGGGAGUCUAAUGGGGUGUGGAGAAGAGGUGGGAAACUCGGAAAUAGGGAGGUAGGAUUAUAAUGGUGGUUUACGAUGAGUCUGCGAAUUAGUGAUUGGUGAUUCAAAACUAAAAGGCGCCUUUUACGUAGCCAUUCGGUGUUGAGCAAAGGGGUAUCAAGUCAAUAGCCUCGAUGGAUGGAUGGGCCGAAGCGUUAUUGUUCAUUGCAAAAUUUGGUUGUAGUGUGCGUUUUAUUAGGCAGUUUCUUUAGUCACAUAAAAUCUUCCUCCCAAUCUGCAGCCCGGUUCUGAUUACUCGAGGACU